AGGUAGAAGAGCUGAUAAAACCACCUGAUCAAGGAAAAGGAAGGCAGAGCGGAGCGCAGAGUGAAAACUACCAGCCCGAGGCGCGGGGCAGCGUCUCCUGCAGCGGCUGACGGCCCGGCCAUGCCUGCUCUCUGGCUGAGCUGCUGUCUCUGCUGGUCGCUCCUCCUGCCUGCAGCCCAGGCCACCUCCAGGAGGGAAGUCUGUGAUUGCAGUGGGAAGUCCGAGCAAUGCGUCUUUGAUCAGGAACUUCUCAGACAGACAGGAAAUGGAUUCCGCUGCCUGGGCUGCAAGGACAACACUGAUGGCACUCGCUGUGAGAGGUGCCAGGAGGGGUUCUACCGGCAGAGAGAGAGAGACCGCUGCCUACCCUGCAACUGUCACACCAAAGGUUCUCUGAGUGGUCAGUGUGAUGACUCUGGACGGUGCAGCUGUAAGCCAGGUGUGGCAGGAGACAGGUGUGACCGAUGCCUUCCAGGCUUCCACACACUCACAGAUACUGGGUGUAUCCAGGACCAAAGCCUUCUAGACUCCAAGUGUGACUGUGACCCAGCUGGCAUCUCUGGGCCCUGUGACACUGGCCGCUGUGUCUGCAAGCCAGCUGUCACCGGAGAGCGCUGUGAUAGGUGUCGCCCCGGUUACUAUCACCUGGAGGGAGGUAACCCUGAAGGCUGUACCCAGUGUUUUUGCUACGGGCACUCUGCCAGCUGCCGCAGCUCUGGGGACUACAGUGUCCACAGAAUCACCUCUACCUUCUCUCAGGAUGUUGAUGGCUGGAAGGCUGUCCAAAGAAAUGGGUCUCCUGCAAAACUCCAGUGGUCACAGCGCCAUCGGGACGUGUUUAGCUCGGCACGACGGUCAGACCCUGUCUAUUUCGUAGCUCCUGCCAAGUUUCUUGGGAAUCAACAGGUGAGCUAUGGGCAAAGCCUGUCCUUUGACUACCGUGUGGACAGGGGAGGCAGACACCCAUCUGCCCACGAUGUGACCCUGGAAGGUGCUGGUCUACGGAUCGCAGCUCCCUUGAUGCCCCUUGGCAAGACACUGCCUUGUGGGAUCACCAAGACUUACACGUUCAGAUUAAAUGAACAUCCAAGCAGUCACUGGAGCCCCCAGCUGAGUUACUUUGAGUAUCGGAGGCUACUGAGGAAUCUCACAGCCCUUCGGAUCCGAGCUACAUAUGGAGAAUAUAGCACUGGGUACAUUGACAAUGUGAUGCUGAUUUCAGCCCGUCCCAUCUCGGGAGCUCCAGCACGUUGGGUUGAACAAUGUGUAUGUCCUGUUGGGUACAAGGGGCAGUUCUGCCAGGAUUGUGCUUCUGGCUACAAAAGAGAUUCAGCCAGACUGGGACCUUUUGGCACCUGUGUUCCAUGUAACUGCCAAGGGGGAGGGACCUGCGAUCCAGACACAGGAGAUUGUUACUCAGGGGAUGAAAAUCUUGACAUUGAAUGUGCCGACUGCCCCAUUGGCUUCUACAACGAUCCGCAUGACCCCCGCAGCUGCCAGCCGUGCCCCUGUCGCAACGGGUUCAGCUGCUCCGUGAUGCCCGAGACAGAGGAGGUGGUGUGCAAUAACUGCCCCCAGGGGGUCACUGGUGCCCGCUGUGAGCUCUGUGCCGACGGCUACUUUGGGGACCCCUUUGGGGAACGUGGCCCAGUGCAGCCUUGUCAGCUCUGCCUGUGCAACAACAAUGUGGACCCCAGGGCCUCCGGGAACUGUGACCCCCUGACGGGCAGAUGUCUGAAGUGCAUCCAUAACACAGCUGGUGUCCACUGUGAGCAGUGCAAAGCAGGCUACUUUGGGGAUCCCUUGGCUCCAAACCCAGUGGACAAGUGUCGAGCUUGCACCUGUAACCCAAUGGGCUCAGAGCCUGUGGAAUGUAGAAGUGAUGGCAGCUGUGUUUGCAAGCCAGGAUUUGGUGGCCUCAGCUGUGAGCAUGCGGCGUUAACCAGCUGUCCAGCUUGCUACAAUCAAGUGAAGAUUCAGAUGGAUCUGUUUAUGCAGCAGCUCCAGAGCCUGGAGGCCCUGAUUUCUCAGAGUGGUGGUGGAGGAGUUCCCAGCUCAGAGCUGGAGGACAGGAUGCGGCAAGCUGAGCGAGCUCUUCAAGACAUUCUGAGAGAAGCCCAGAUUUCAGGAGGUGCUCUUGGAUCUCUCACACUCCGGUUGGCCAAGGCAAGGAGCCAGGAGAAUAGCUUCCGGACCCGCCUGGAUGACCUCAAGAUGACUGUGGAAAGAGUCCGGGCGCUGGGUAGUCAGUAUCAGAACCGAGCUCAGGACACACACAGGCUUAUCACUCAGAUGCGCCUGAGCCUGAAGGAGAGCGAGGCUUCCCUGCAAACCUCAAACAUUCCUUCCUCAAAUCACCAUGUGGGGCCAAACGGUUUUGACAGUAUGGCUCAGGAGGCCACGAGAUUGGCAGACAGCCAUGUUGAGUCAGCCAGUGACAUGGAGAAACUGGUAAGGGAAGCCGAGGGCUACUCCACACAAGCGCUGUCGCUGGCUCGCAAGGCCCUGAGUCAAGGAGGUGGAAGUAGUCCGGACAGCUCUGUGGUGCAAGAGCUUGUGGGAAAAUUGGAGAAAAGCAAGUCUCUGGCCCAGCAGCUGUCCAGGGAGGCCACGGAAGCUGACACUGAAGCAGAGAAGUCUUAUCAGCAGAGUCUCCACCUUCUCAAUUCCAUGUCUCAACUUCAGGGAGUCAACGAUCCGUCCUUUCAGGUCGAAGUGAAGAAGAUCAGACAAAAAGCUGAUUCUCUCUCAAGCCUGGUGACAAGGCAUAUGGAUGAGUUCAAGCAUGUGCAAAGUAAUCUGGGAAACUGGGAAGAAGAAUUACAGCAGCUCUUACAGAAUGGAAAGAAUGGGAGACAGAAAUCAGAUCAGCUGCUUUCCCGUGCCAACCUUGCUAAAAGUAGAGCCCAAGAAGCACUGAAUAUGGGCAAUGCCACUUUUUAUGAAGUUGAAAACAUCUUAAGGAGCCUCAGAGAGUUUGACCUCCAGGUUGGAGACAGAAAAGCAGAAGCUGAGGAAGCCAUGAAGAGACUCCCUUACAUCAGCCAGAAGGUUGCAGUUGCCAGUGACAAGACCCAGCAGGCCGAAGUAGCCCUGGGAGGUGCUGCUCUUGACGCCCAGAGAGCAAAGAACGCAGCCAGGGAGGCCCUGGAGAUUAGUGACAGGAUAGAACAGGAGAUAGAGACUCUGAACUUGGAAGCCAACGUGACAGCAGAUGGAGCCUUGGCCAUGGAGAAGGGACUGGCCGCUCUGAGGAGCAGGGUGAGGGAGGUGGAAGGAGAGCUGGAACGGAGGGAGCAAGAGCCCGACCCCGACCUGGACGCGGUAAUUACAGAAGCCCAAAGAGUUGAUAACAGAGCCAAGAAUGCGGGAGUUGCGAUCCAAGACACACUCAACACACUGGACAGCAUCUUACACCUAAUAGGCCAGCCUGGCAGUGUGGAUGAAGAGGCGCUGAUCUUAUUGGAGCAGAAGCUUUUCCGAGCCAAGACACAGGUCAACAGCCAGCUGCGGCCCUUGGUGUCAGAGCUAGAAGAGAGGGCACGUUGGCAGAGGGGCCACCUCCAGUUGCUGGAGACGAGAAUAGAUGGGAUUCUGGCUGAUGUGAAGAACCUGGAGAACAUCAGGGACAACCUGCCCCCAGGCUGCUACAAUACCCAAGCUCUUGAGCAACAGUGAAGCUGCUAUAGAUGAUUUUCAACUAAGAACGUAUGUUGCAAGAUACUCCCAUGGGGGCACUUACGUUUUGGCAAAGCCGAGAUGAACUUGGGUGCACGCUCUCUGCAUUCCAGCUGUCCCCCCAUCCCCACCCCCUUCCACAACUGAUCGCCACAGACUGUUGAGUCAUGAUAACACCAGUGGGAAUUUGCUGGAAAAACCAGGGGUACUUCUACCUCGGCGUGGAAGACUUUGGUAUUGCCUCACUUCUGUAUUUCCUUGGCUUUUCAUGGACAUGUUUUUAAAUGAAGAACAAUUCUUAAAUGUCUAUGGUCAAUUUCUAAUUAUUAAACUCAAAGCCUAAGGUGCCUAAUGGAAGCAAUGGAAACCAAAAUGCCACAGAAAGAGUCAUGAGUCCUAGAGUUAGCACUGUUAAUUCUUUUUCCUGAGCAUCUUCUUCUGCCCUUUCCAGCUGGGAGAACGCUUUACGAGGUUUAACUGGUGCUGUCUCCUAAGCGUGAAGGAUUUAUUCCUGGAACGACCUGAGCAGGGUGGGAGUUAUAAUUAAUAUUUUUGUCUUUUUUUCAACAGCUAUAAAGUAAAAGUAAAAUCAAUAGUCUGUGUACAUUGUCGUGCUUUUAAAUAAGUUAAAAUUUAAUAAAUUAAGCUCCUGAAUUGACCAUCUAUCUUAAGUGGCUGAGGAAAAUACUCUGUCCCCGUCCACACUGACUCCCACCAAAUUCACACAGAUCUGAUCACUUUGCUUUACCUUUUGUGGAAAUAAAUUUAUAAUCCUGUCUUGGCACACUCAAUCACAUAUCCUACAAAUCUCUCACUGUAAUUAACAAUCAGAGCCCAGAAAAAUCUAUGUGUAUUAAUUAGAUUAGCUACUGUAUCACACAGACCUAAAAAUGUGCAUGACGCAAACACAAUAGGCCUUUUCUUCCUGAUCCCAUAACAUACUGCAUAGGGAGAAAGUUGGCAGGAUGGCCCACCAACUAACCAUUCCAAAGGCCUUGCCAUUGACAUGUGACUUUUAAGGUUGCCGUGGGAAUCAUCUGUGAUUUUCAGAUCAUCACC